UUUCUCCAGGGAGCAGCAGGGACUCCAGUCAGCCCCAGGUGGGAGCAGCAGAGCGAUGGCACAGGGACAGCUCCAUCCUCAACUUCCUCCUCCCCCAUGUGGAACUAGAUUCUAGUGAAGCCCCUGCCCUGGAAGCAUCCCUCAACACAGGUAGGGAUGAGAUCCCGAAACCAAGGUGGAGAAAGCUCGUCUAACGGGCAGUUCUCCAGUUCCAAGCCUGUCAUCAGCCAUGCAGAGAACGAAAAACUCCAGGAUGAUGCCAAGAAAAAGAACAAACCUCAUCGGAAGGAAGAUGAGGUCAUGGUUUCAGCAACUGUCAAACGGCACUCAAAAUCACCUGGACCUAGUGAACGAAAGAACAAGAAGUCCAUAGAGUUUUCUAAAGAGGACUUGAUAAAACUCCUCAGUAUAAUGGAAGGAGAACUACAGGCGAGGGAGGAUGUGAUCCACAUGUUGAAGACAGAGAAAACCAAACCUGAAGUUUUAGAAGCUCACUAUGGUUCUGCAGCUCCAGAGAGUGUGCUGCGAGUGCUACACAGGGACGCCAUCCUCGCCCAAGAAAAAUCUAUAGGAGAAGAUGUCUAUGAGAAACCAAUUUCAGAGGUAAAAACUUCUCAGUUUACAUCUUCAAGUCUGUGCAGGGGGAUUCCUAACCAGAAGGGAAAUUGCAUGCAUUUUGUGUUUAUGCAAAACAUGCCAGAGGAUAAUAUAGUGGUGGUAGAAAUGACAAGAAAUCAAAGGAAAAUUGAAUAUUCUUGUUAACUUAACCUGCUAAAU